AUGCAGAUCGACGAGGACGAGCGACUGCGAGGCACGAUCGACAGUGGCUUCUUUGUGUCAGCGCUGGGACGCGGCAUGGGCGUGAAGCAACCAGGUGACUUGCUGUUUCAGCUGUUCGGGCCACAGUCGGUCCACGACAGCCAGCGCGCGCUGCUCGACCACAACACUGGACUAUGCGCAAGUGUUCCUCCAGAGUUUGAAGACGUUAAUGCGCCUAAGUCACCAAUGCAGCAAGCACCGGCGCAGGAGAUUCCGUUGCAUGUCCUGGACGCAUGUCAACGCAAGCUUGCUAUUCGCAAGUUUGAUGGCACGGAACUGUACCAGGGUCUCGGAUCGGGUUUUGCUGACUGGGGUAGCACGUCUUUGCGCCAAGUCACAAUGGCGCAGCAGGCCUGCGAAUUUGCAUGA